AUGGGACGGAAUACUUUCGAGUUUAUCGUUGGUGGCAUCGGAAUUCCCAUGAUCAUUGACUCGGGAGCCGACGCGAACAUAAUCGAUGAGGCAACAUGGGUUAAAGCCAAGGACUUGGGUAUUACCGUUAAAUCCUUUUCGAAUGAAGUUGAUAGAAAACUGAUGGGUUACGCUACUAAAGAGGCAUUGAAGAUGAAAGGCAUGUUUCAAGCCGAAAUUCAAGCCGGAACUAACACGGCUGAAGCAAAGUUCUACAUUGUUGAACAAGGGAAAUACAAUCUUCUAGGAGAUACCACUGCUAAGGAACUCAAAGUUUUACAAGUAGGCUACAACAUUGCAAGAGUGGACAAUCAGAAGCAGAUCCCGUUUCCAAAAAUCAAAGGAAUUCUAGUUGAGAUUCCAAUCGAUAAGUCGGUGCAACCCAUUCAGCAAAGCUACCGCCGCGCUCCCAUUGCUCUUGAAGAUAAUAUCCACAAAAAGCUGUAA